AUGGCCGAAGCUUUUGUCGAACUCGGUGCAGAAGGAGUCAACCACGUUGUCGAGAAUUACUGGGAUAACAUCCACGACGGAGCUAAGAAAGUCGUUACUGGACAAAGUCCCUCCGCACCCACUAAACAACAGCAAGAAGCGAAACCGCACGCACCAGCUUCACAGGCUGGAUCACAAUAUUCGCGCGCACAUCGCCAGGAUAGUAAGCGUGACGGACGACAGAGGAAAUAUCGAAACGAAUUACCGAGUCCAGAGCGUGACUACGAUAACAGAGGUGAAGGAAGGCAGAGGCGACGCAGAAGCGAUAGUCUUGAGCGUGAGAGCCUGACUUCGGAACGGGUGACGACUGCCUACGAGAACGAACGCGACGACCCCAUCAGACCGAUCGAUCCUAAACUUGAUAGGAAGUUGAGGCGCGAUAGUGGGAGAAUGUCGUACGCGGGUGGUUUAGGUGCGGGCGAUAGACAGGAUCGGGCGCAUUCGGCUCAGCCGUCUAGGAGCAAAUAUUAUGACGAUGACGAGAGCGAUUAUGAUGAGAGGACUGGGAAGAGGUAUUCGGGUGGUGGGAGAGGGUAUGAUGAUCGGCAUGAUGAUGAUCGGGGUUAUGAUCGUGAGGUGAUUACGGAGGAGAGGUAUCGGGGUCCUGCUCGAGGACUACCUUACGACAACCGCCGCAAUGACAGCUACACAUCCCGUGACCCGUACGGUCCUGGCGCAGUAGCUACCUAUCGCCGCAGCCAAGGAGACUUGACCGAGGCCUCUAAGCGCUCGCGCUCUCGCGGUCGUCGCGACAAAUACUACGAUGACCGCGACAGAUCGUACUCGCGCUCCCGCUCUGGCUCCCGCGAUCGCGAACAUGGUAGCCGAGGCGGAGGAGAGGAAGGCUGGCGCGGCAAGCUAGACGAGACCUUUGACACUUCGACCCGCGGUCUUGGGGUCGGCAUCGCAGGCGCAGUCAUCGGCGGACUGGCUGGAAGGCAAUUUGGCAACAAGCACAAGGAACGUGAUAUCGUGCUCGGUGCUGUCCUUGGUGGGCUGGCAUCGAAUAUUGCUGAGAAUAAAUAUGCGGAGUGGAAGGAUAAGAAGGAGGGGAAAUUUGAAGAGAAAGAGCAGAAAUGGGAGCAGAGAUGGGAUGAGGGGAGUCGUACUGGGAGGAAUAGGUGA